ACACAUUAAUCACUCGCUGUUGAACAUGGCCGAAAAGAAGAAACUACGCAUAGGCGUUUUAGCCCUCCAAGGUGCAUUUUCGGAACAUAUUCACCUCCUCAACAAACUCAAGGCGGACGUCGCCGAAGCUAUCCAAAUUAGAACCAAAGAGCAGCUGCAAGAUCCGUCACUCGAUGCGCUCAUUCUUCCUGGUGGAGAGAGUACGACAAUGGCUCUGGUGGCGGAACGAUCUGGUAUCAUGGAGCCCUUACGAGAAUGGGUGAAGGCUGGGAAGCCUGUUUGGGGAACCUGUGCGGGAAUGAUCCUGCUGUCUAACACAGCACAUCGAACAAAAAAGGGCGGGCAGACCCUCAUUGGCGGCUUGGAUGUUACCGUAAAGCGGAAUGCGUUUGGCGCCCAGGUUGAUUCUUUCGUUGCAGAUCUGUCAGUACCUGUGCUUCCAGACAACGAGCGACCUUUUUCCGGUGUGUUCAUUCGAGCGCCGAUCAUCGAGUCUAUAGAUCCCGAAAAGGUCAGCGUUGUUGCAAGGGUAAAUAAGGGGAUCGGUGAGGAAGAGUAUGUGGUCGCUGUGCGACAAGGAAAUAUACUGGCCACUGCCUUUCAUCCAGAGUUGACGGACGAUGAUAGAUUCCAUAGGUAUUACAUAGACUUGGUGCGGACGAUAGCAUCGACAACUCCAGCAUAAUGUCGUCUGGUAAUCUGUAGUAGACAUCUUUUUUUAUUUGCAUUGUUACUGUUUCAUCAAAUGUGAAGUUGUUCCAGCGCUAUGAACACACACCAGAGGCUCUUAUGAAUAUUCGAAAUCAAGUGUCACAAUGCUAUAAGCUAACUAAAUAAAAA